AUGGUCGAUCUCGGCAGUGCGAUCGGCAACAAAGACCCCCAGCGGCAGGACGAGCCUCCUGCAACUACCUGUGAUUCGAGCGUUUUGAAAAGUUCCGGUCAAUCCGACGGCGGUACUCCCCUAAAAGUCCGUCGAAGAGGCAUGAUCAACGACAAGAAGCUCACCAUCAACACCACAACUUCUUCCUCAUUCAGCUCAAAUUCGAUCAGGAGGGCAAGUGAUACACGUGCAUCAACAGCUCCUACGAGACCAGAACGUGCGCUCAGGAAGUCCUCGGAUCGCUCAGUCGAGCUUGCAUCAAGCUCGCCUGGAAGCAAAGGUAAGGAGAGCCCAACCACAAGCCCGCUUGCCCCGCCCGCGAGCGCCAGUAUCAGACGGGCAAGCUUAUCUCCCACAGAACGCAGUCCACUCGCCGAAAACAAGUGCAGUCCAUGCGUUCCAUCCGGCAGCCUUAGCUCUGCAUCAGCUGGUGCGAGCAGUGGCAGCUCGGACAAGCCUCUUCUCUCGGACCCAAGCUUCAGCUUCAAUCCCAAGUUCCAGCUUGGUCAAAAAAAUGGCAUUUCUUCUCCACGACCCGUCAAGAACAAGACAUCACCCACGAAGCCUUCGCCGACUUACAUCAGUCCCCGCACUUCCAUCGCCCCGAACUCUUCGCAUUCCAACGAGGCUUCGAGCAUGUCGCAAACACCGCGCAGUCCACGAAUCCCUACAACACCGCGAAUUCCCAGGACGCCCCUCACAGCUCGUCUUCCAUAUGCCUCAGGCCUUGGUCCUCAGUCUGCAGCUUCGUACCAAGGUGGGCUUCUCACCACCAUCACUCGCGCUGCUUCUGGCGAGAGGGUCGUAACCCAAACUCCAUCCGCUGGCUCUGGAACAGCCAGUGUGGCUGUUGCAGCCAACUGGACAAGGAACCGCAACGCAAGUAUCGCUACCGAGAUCAAAGAGUUCAUGCGAGGUGGUACUUCCGAGGUAAUCCCACGUCUCGAGCUUCGCGUUCUUGAACGGCCGGAUCAGCAGUCGGGGUUCUUCAGCUUCGACCCUGAGAAGGUCCAGCUGGAACCGGAGAAACGCCAUUCGCUGGCCGCUGCUCAGCCAAGCAUUCUGAAAGAGAAGCCUGAAAUCGCUUUGCAGGACCAGACAGAUGAUUCGUCUCCUCGUGCAAGUGCGUUCGCGAGAUCUUUGGCUCUCGAGAAGCUCAAGAACAAACGCGUGUCAAGAUCGACUUCGAUUGGCCGAAGAGGAUCUACAACUCGUCACAGUGGAAACUUUGACGGGCUCUCUUAUGUGGGCAAAGACUCGUCUCGCCGCGAGAGGAGACGGACAGGAGCUUCGGUAGUCUCAGGACACUCUCGUCGAUCUGACCGUUCAGCCAAGUCGAAUCGCUCUGGGCUUAUCCGACGGACUUCCACCCCCAUGAUAGGAGCCGGAAGCAUCGAAUCGACUAGACCCUCGUUUGUAGACCGAAGGCUGUCUUUAGCACCUUCGUAUCUGCGCGGACCUCUUGACGAGACCAUGCAGCUUGACAGCGAGGAAUCUGAAAACGAAGAUGACCUCGUCCACGAGCUGCACAGCCGCGUCACCAACAUUCACGAGGCAAAGCGAUGGAUUCUGAGCCACCACAAUCUAAACAAUAUCAAUGUGUCAGCGACCAGCAGAGACGUUCAAGACGAACAGCGCUCGAUAUCUGCCAUGCGACGUCCUACUUAUGCAGCCUCGGUUUUCCAGCAGGCACGCCUGAUGGAAGCUGAACGCCAAGCUGUGGUCGCUCCGGCGUCGUCUUCCGCUCUCGACGUCUACGCAUCCGCUGCCAAUAUGCCCUUCACGCCGUUCCCUCAGACUCCAGGAUUUCCCAAGACUCCGCAUACUGCCUUUCCCGGGGGCACUGUGGAAGAAGGCAAAGAGCCCCUCGCUCGUCCAGAUACUGCAGCAGCUGUUCUACCUGAACCUACUUGGAAGCAAAAGACGGCUCACUAUCUCACAGCACCUUGGCGCUUCGUCCAGAGACAGAUUUCGCCCAAAUAUGUGCUUACCAUGGUGGACCCACGCGAGAUUCUGUUCCCGAUAACGCUCCGCAAAAUCGCGCUGUGGUUCAUUUACGGAGGUAUCAUUGCUAUGCUCGUACUGCUCGACCGCUACUACCACUGGUGGGCCAAGCUUGAUCAUGUAGUGCACGGACAAAACCUGGCUAUCAUGGGCGUGCUCUACGGCUUUGAACCCACCAUGAUUGUCAUUAUCAUGCUUGUGGCGCGUGUUCCCGAUGCGCGCAUUGUACCCGACCGUACCGUACUCGUGCCUCGUGGACGUGAGAGAAUCCAUUAUCUCUCGGACGAAGAGGAGUCGAAACACAGCACGAGCAGCGACGAAGAGUCGGUGGCGGACGCAGACAUGGCAACUCAGAUGCACUCGACCAUCUUGGAAGAAGAGCACGACGAAGAUGGCGGAGCGCAACCCGAGUCGCAGGGUCAGGAAACCAGUAUCGUUGAUCGAAAAAGCCGGCGUAGUUCAGGGGGGUUCCCUGAUCUCCAACAGCCACCAAUGCAUAGUGCGUCGAUUUACCAUGCGCCUGCCUCUGGUAGGUCGGACGAGCGAAGAGGUAGCGAAGCGGCGCAUAACUCCUGUGCUCUACAGGUACCUCGAACGCCUGGAUUUGAUCCUCGCAACAGAAGGAGUACCAUCAUCCUCCGUGAGCCUCUGAUCAUUGACUCUGUGAAUGUCGACCUUCAGGCGCUAGGAGAACGUCGACCUAGCACUGCUUCGCAUCAACUGGUUCUGGCCAGGACUGCAAGCAGAGACUCGCGGCGCAAUUCGUACUUUAGUAUGGUGGCUGCUGCUGCUGGGGCUCGACCCGGCGGCGCUACACUCGGUGCUGAGGCGGCUGCUGUGAGUGAUCUUUACAUCAAGAAAGACGGCAAGGACCUCAUUGCCAACCACAGCGACUCGAGUGCCGGACUUGACGAGAAGAAAGCUGUCGACGUGAUCGACAGCGACAAACCAGACGACGUAAGGAUCGCGAUGGACUCGAUCACGCAUCCAUCGAUGACAGAAUCCAUCGCGCUCGUGAUCCCUUGUCACAAUUCCGACGUUGAAGUUCUCAAAGCGGUUCUCUUUGCAGCAUUGGUUCAUUUCGACCCGUGGCAGAUCUUUGUUGUCGACAAUGGCAACUCGCCACAGCCUCCUACAGACAUGGAGAGCUCCAUCCGUUCACAACCCAUGUUUGCGCGUGUCAACUACAUCUGGUUACCCGUGGGUAACAAGAACAUUGCCCAGUUUGUCGGUGCAAAGGCGGCCGCUGUACUCAACCUCGACUACGUGCUCACCAUCGACGACGAUGUCAUCAUUCCGGCCAACUUUGCUGCUCCCAUGCACAUUAUCUCGGAGAUCGUCACAGCGGUCUGCUAUCCGAUCACUGCGGUUGACCACAAGGGCGACCGUCCACUGUUCGUUGGAUGGCAGGACCUUGAGUACAAGAUGUCGGCUCUCGCCAAGAUGGCCGAAUCUAGGAUGUGCGGUGUGCUGUUUCCGCAUGGAGCGGCAAGCUUCUGGAAGCGCGAAACAAUGAUCGCUGUAUUGCGCAGACACGAUCUCAUCUACUUUGCUGACGAUGUCAAGAUGGGUCUCGAGCUGCAGGCUAUUGGCCAACGUAUGGGUAUCGAUGCUAGCAUCUCGUUCGAAACGGUGGCACCAGAGACGUUCCUCGGACCACCGACGGCUGGAACGCCCAACUACUACAAUCAGCGCGUACGAUCCUGGGAGAUGGCUCGACAUACGCUUUACUGGCAAUUCUCGAAACGGUUUCUCUUCUCGCUCAACGGUGCGCGCACUCCAGUCGCCAUUGGGUGGCAAAAAUUCGCGCAGUUCUACAACUCGACAACCAACUUUAUCGACUGGAUUCGCUUGCCCAUGUUCAUCUUGCUCGGCGCAAGUGGUCAGUUUUGGCUGCGAAGCUUUGCGUUCAUUGUUUUCCUUCCAGUAGUGCCUCUGCUUCCGUAUCGCUUUAUCAAGACGCGCAACCGUCCCGAUCUGCACCCGCACUUGAUCGACAUGCUCACCUACGGCAUCUACAAGCUUAUGUACAGUGUUGUCUGCGUUUUUGGCGGUAUUCGAUCCAUGCUGGUGUUCUUCCCCAAUCACGGACACAAGCCGAACCUGGUCGAGAUGGAAAAGAAACAGGAUCCGAGAUGCAUCUGGUUGAGGGACGACUUCAUGAAGAACAGCGGUGGACAGGGCGACUUGAGAGAUGAACCUCAGCAGAUCAUGUUGGAUGAUGCAGCGGCUGCAGUGGCUGCAGCAACGGUGGUACAGAUGGCCAAAGAGCAGCACGAGGUGGCAGAGGCGGGAAGGGUGAAUGCACUGCCUUCGAUCGCCGCAACUUCAGAUGCGACGGUGGCGGUAUAG